UUCGAAACCAACUCACAAUUAGCGAUAAAUAUUGUAAAAACAAAAGAAAAAACAUUUCCAAAACCAAAUAUGCGGAAUGGAUGGUACGAGUCAAGCAAGAUAAAGAAAUACGCUUUGAUAGGCGUCGCGUCUCUCUUCUUGGCAAUGAUCGUCUGCGCAAAGGCCGAUGAAGACAGCAGCCCGAGACGAAAAACAGCAGAGAUCCACCGUGAAAGCAAGCUUAUGAUAACAAAGACGACGGUGAGUAUUAUAUGUUCCUCCACCGAUUACAAACAAGAUUGCACCUCAAGUCUCGGGACUGUGAGUUCCCCGGAUCCUCGGAAUCUGAUCAGAGCUGCUUUCGAUCUAGCAAUCGCCUCGGUUCGGAGUGGAAUCGACAGAGGGAUGGUUGAUCUAAAGAGCAGAGCAGACGCGGAUGUGCACACGAGGAACGCACUUAAUAGUUGCCGAGAGCUUAUGGAUGAUGCAAUAGACGAUAUUCGGAAAACAAGGGAUAAGUUCAGGGGGUUUAUGUUCACUAGGCUUUCCGAUUUCAUUGAGGAUCUUCGGGUUUGGCUCAGCGGAUCGAUCACGUUCCAACAAACGUGCAUCGAUGGAUUCGAAGGUAUCGAUAGCGAGGCUGCUGCUGUUAUGGAGAGGGUCAUGAGGAAAGGACAACAUCUCACUAGCAACGGAUUAGCGAUCGCCUCUAAUCUCGACGAAUUAUUGAAGGCUUUCAGUAUUCCACUUCCAUUUCUUAAGUCAAGAAGGGACAGACUCGGCAUUUUUCGUCCCGGUAAUUCACAAGAACGACCGUCGGAUUCUUCCGAAAAUACUCUUCGAAAAAGGGAUUCUUCCGAGAGCCCUCCUAAGAAAUUGGACUCUUCCAAGAAUCAACCGUUGGAUUCUCCCAAGAAUCAACCGUUGGAUUCUUCAAAGAAUCAACCGUUAGACUCUUCCAAGGAUCCUCAAAUUUUGAAUCCUUCCGAGAAUCGUCCAUCAGAUUCUUCCAACAAUCAACAGCCGAAUCUUUCCGAGAAUCGACCAUCAGAUUCUUCUAGGAACCAACCGCUCGAUUCUUCAGAGAACCGACCGUUGGAUCAUCUUCGAGAAUUAAAUCCUCUUAGAAAAUUGGAUCCUCUUGAAAAAAUAGAUUCUCUCAAGGAUCGACACUUAUCGGAGGGAGAGUUCCCGCCUUGGGUAACACGUCAUUCACGGAGGCUGCUAGCACGAGGGAAUCGAAUCAAUGCGAACGUAGUGGUGGCAAAGGACGGGAGUGGUAAGUGCAAGACGAUCGCACAAGCAUUGGCAAUGGUACCAAUGAAGAACACAAGGAAGUUCGUGAUUCACAUAAAACAAGGUGUUUACAAGGAAAAAGUAGAGGUAACAAAGCAAAUGCUCAACGUCAUGUUCGUCGGAGAUGGACCAACAAAGACCAUUAUCACCGGAGACAUCGCCUUCUUGCCCGACCGCGUCGGCACCUACCGCACUGCCUCCGUCGCGGUGAACGGUGACUAUUUCAUGGCAAAGGACAUAGGGUUCGAGAAUACAGCCGGAGCAGCACGCCAUCAAGCGGUCGCACUCCGAGUUUCGGCGGAUUUCGCGGUGUUUUUCAACUGUCGUAUGGACGGUUACCAAGACACACUUUACGCACACACCCACCGUCAAUUUUACCGUGACUGCCGCAUCUCAGGGACCAUCGAUUUCGUCUUCGGUGAUGCCAAGGCCGUUUUCCAAAACUGUGAAUUCGUCAUCCGUCGUCCCAUGGAUAACCAGCAGUGCAUUGUUACGGCACAAGGACGAAAAGACCGGCGUGAGACGACCGGUAUCGUUAUCCACAAUAGCCGUAUAAUUGGUGAUGAAUCAUACCGUGCCGUGAAAGCCAAGAACAGGGCGUUUUUAGGACGACCAUGGAAGGAGUACUCGAGGACGAUUAUAAUGAACACGGAGAUUGAUGAUGUGAUAGAUCCAGAAGGUUGGUUGAAGUGGAACGAGACGUUCGCUCUCAACACGUUGUUCUACACUGAGUAUCGAAACAGAGGUCGUGGUUCGGGUCAGGCCCGCCGGGUCAGGUGGAGAGGUAUCCGACGGAUCUCCGAUAGAGACGCCAGGGAGUUUUCUCCCGGGAAUUUCCUACGUGGCAACGCGUGGAUCCCACAGACGCGCGUACCGUACAAUGCCAAUUGAAGGCAUGUCUCUUUAUCGUCUCAUCUUCUUUUUUAAAGAAAUGCUCUUUGUAAACUGUGUAUAUAAAAAUCCGGCGAGGAUGAGGAUUUGUAUAUAGUUUUUUUUGUUUUGUAGGUGUAACUAUUUUUGAUAAAAUUUUCUAAUACGUAAUGUGAUGGAUAUUUUUAGUUAUUUCUUUUAUAUAC